AUGGUCAAGAAAACUGUGAUAGUAGAAUCAAAUACUCUUAAUGUGAUCUCUUUAGAUGAAAUUAUUGGAUCACUAUUAACCUAUGAAGCAAAUGUCAUUGAAAGAAGAGCAAUUGUACGAAAGAAAAACAUAGAAAUAACUCUUAGAAUAGCAGAAGUACAUGAUGAUGCAGAAGAGAUCGUUUUCCUAUCCAGAUGAUUAUCUAAAUUAUGGAAGGGAAAAAGUAAUUUCUAUGCAAUAAAGGUAGAACUCAACUUCUUGAAACUUCUGACACCAUGUGCUUUGAGUGUAAAAAAUCAAAACAUGUCAAACCUGACUGCCCGCUACACAAGAAAAAGAAUUCAAAUAAAAAACAAAGACCGAUGGUAGCACCUUGGAGUGACAGCAUUUGCAGCACAAAUGAUGAACAUGAAAUAAAGAAAGACCUAUGCUUAAUAGCAAGGAUCUCAAGACUAUACAAUCUUGAUGACUCUCUUACAUGCAGUCAAUUGCAAGAUAAUUUAGAAAAACUAAGAGAUGAUUUUGAAGAUAUCAGAUUUAAACCAAAGACUUUGUAA